AUGGCCGAAACUAAGGACCAAGAAGAAGCCACAUUGCACGCGAAGCGCAAACCCGAUCCCAGCUGCGAAGACCAAGCCGACUACCCCAACAAAUCCCACAAGCUUCAAGUCCCCGGCAACAAUUCUCAAGGAAAAACUCAAGAAGCACAAAAUUUGAAGAGCAAUUCCGAAGCUGAAUUACAAGGCAAUGCAGAUCCCGAAGCAGAAGACGAGGAGGACGAAGAGGAGGAAUACGGCGAUGAUGAAGAAGAAGACGGUGAAGAGUCUAAUGGGAAAUCCGUGGUGGAUCGCAAGGGGAAGGGGAUUAUGAGAGAUGACAAGGGCAAAGGGAUACUGAUAGAAGAAGAAGAAGAAGAAGAAGAUGAAGAUGGCGAGGAGGAUAGCGACGACGACUCCUCCACCGACGACGACGGUGGAAGCGAAUUCGAAGACGGCGACAGCGAUUUAUCGGACGAUCCUCUUGCGGAGGUCGAUUUGGACAACAUUCUUCCUUCCAGGACUCGGAGACGGCAGGUUCAGCCUGGGGUUUACAUCCGCAAUGAUAACAACGCAAACCACACCAACAACGAAGACGAUGACAGUGAUGAUAGCGAUGGUUUGAGUUGA